AAUAUUUCAGGUGGUGGUUAUUGUAUAUCGAUUAAGAGUGGAACUAAUACAGUGAAAGUACAUGAUAUAGCCUGUGGCCCAGGUUAUGGAAUCAGGUAAAUAUAUAUAUAUAUUUUUAAUUUUUUAAUAAUAAUAUAUAAUCAUAAUAUCUAUAAUUUAAUAUAUUUUUUUUGUAACAUAUAAUUAAUAUUUUUAAUUUUGUAGCAUUGGAGAGUUGGGUUCCAGAAAUUCUGAAGUUAAUGUUACAGAUGUGAUCGUCAAUACAGUCAAGUUUUUUGAAACUUUAUUUGGAGUUAGAAUUAAAACAAUUAAGGUAAUUAAUUAAUUCAUCUAUAUACUUAUAUAUAAAAAUAAUAAUGUUAAUUUUCAUUAUAUUGUAUUAAGUGUUCUUAAUUUUUUUUAUGCAGGGUGGUUCAGGAAUUGCAAAUAAUAUGCAAUUUGAAAAUAUUGAAAUGAAUAAUGUACAGAACCCCAUCAUAAUUGAACAAGGUUAUUGUGACCAAAAUGAUAAGCUUUGCAUAAACCAAAAGGAUUCAACAUCAUCUGAAGUUGAAAUUAGAGAUAUAUUAUUCGAAAACAUUAAAGGUACAAGCAUAGCAAAGAUGGGUAUUAAAUUGGAUUGCCAUGAAAGAUUUCCUUGCAGAGGGAUUACAUUGGAUAAUGUUGAUUUAGAAUACUAUAAUAAGCAUAGUCAUACCAAAGCAUUGUGUAAAAAUGUUGAGUUCACACAUUUUGAAAAUGUUGUUCCAAACUGUUACAAACAAACUAAUCACUCAACAUCUCAACCUCCAAAGCCAGCACCUCAAACUCCUCAACCAAAACCAAAACAAACACCAACACCAACACCUCAGCCUCAGCCUAUGCCUCAACCUCAACCCCAACCUAAAUCAGCACCUCAACCUCAACCAACACCUCAACCAAAACCAACACCAACAACACCAACACCAACACCUCAGCCUCAACCUCAGCCUAUGCCUCAACCCCAACCAAAACCAACACCAACACCUCAGCCUAUACCUCAACCCCAACCAAAACCAAUACCAACACCGACACCUCAACCAAAACCAAAACCAACACCAACACCUCAACCGAAGCCCCAACCUCAGCCCACACCAAAGCCAACACCUCAAACUCCUCAGCCUCAGCCCACACCUCAGCCAAGACCUCAACCUCAACCCCAACCAAGACCUCUACCUCAACCUCGACCUCAACCAAAGCCUCAACCUAAGCCACAACCACCUUCGAUACAAACACAAAAAAUUAUUAACGUUGAUGAUUUUGGAGCAAAAGGGAAUGGCCAAGAUGACGCAACGGUACGUACAUAUUUAAACUAAAUUAAUUACUCCAACUUUAUUUAUAAGUAUUUCAAUAUUUGAAAUUAGAAAUCCUGUCUGUCUAGUGUUUUUCUUAUCCAAUUUAUAUUGUAUGUAGGCAUUUGAGAGAGCAUGGGAAGAGGCUUGUUCAUCCAACGUUACCGUUACUUUAAUGGUUCCUCAAAAUAACAACUAUUUGCUUAAACCAAUUGUCUUUCAGGGCCCCUGUAAAUCAAAUGUGACA